AUCACAUGACUUGACAUCGAUAACGAUAGUCAGCUCGGGUUCAAAAUCGGUAAAUCGAGAUCACUCUUAAUGUGAUAUUCAUAAAUUAAUUAAAUCCAAUUAACUGAGCAACAUGUCGACGAAACAACAGCAAUUGGAUUAUAUGGAACGAUAUCUGGUGUACGAUAUCUUUAAGUAUUUUGGCAGAGAUGUGGCGCUCCUCUCGCACAGCAUCGAGUGCUCCAAUGGACUGGACGGCUUCAUGUCCGCCCUCUACACAAUCCAGCUGGACCUGCGAAUGCCCAGUGGCAGUGAUAAAAGCGAACUGGUCCUUGUCAAAUUCAUGAAGGGCAGCAAAGAGUUUCGCGAAUCGAGCAAAUCCUACACGCAAUGUGCCAACGAGAUCUUUCUCUACGCCAAACUGCUGCCAGCCUUUGAGAAUCUGUUGCGCAGCAGCCGACUCAACACCGAACUUGCCGCUCAAUUUGUGCCCCGCUCCUAUUGGGCCACCUACGGCACCGUUGAGGCAUUGGGCGAUGGUAGAGAAUCGGUGCUGGCGUUGCAGCAUCUACGGCCAGGUGGGUAUGAGCUUGGACCCAGAUUGGCGCUGCGCCAAGAUCAAUUGGAGGCGAUGUCUGUGCAGCUGGGGCAAUUCCAUGCGCUCGGCUACGCGAUGCGCAUUGUCCAGCCGCAGUUGCACGAACGCUUGCAAUCGGAGCUGAUCCCAUUGCCAUUUGUCGUCGCUGACAACUCGGCCAAUCUGUAUGCGGUUCUGUAUCGCGUGGCCUUUGAUCGCUUCUACGAGUUCUACGAUCGUUGUGGCAAACAGCUCAUCCAAACUGCUUCGUCUUCGUCGGAGGAGGAGGAUGCUCGCUUUGCAGAUGCCGUGCAGCGUUUGCGUACGAAAUACUUUGAGCAACCAAUCGAUCUGCUGGAGCACAUACGCAGCACAUCCGGCGAAAGUCACUUUAGCACCUUUCUGCACGGCGAUUUCAAUCGGAACAAUGUGCUCUUUCAUGAGGAUGACGAGGGGCGGGUGGACAACAUCAAGAUGAUUGACUUCCAGGAGAUGCGCUACAGCACAGUCGCCAUCGAUAUCAGUUUCUAUCUGUACAUGAACAUCCCGGCUGCGGAGCGUCUCCAAUUGUUUCCCAAACUGUUGCGCCUUUAUCAUGGACAGAUGCUGCAGUUGUUGGAGCUGCUGUUGCAGCGCAACAGGGAAACGCUUGGCGAGGAGCAGAUAGAGCAGCUGCUAACGGACUACAGUUAUGAGCAAUUCGAGGGGCAUUUCAAGCGCUAUGCGUUCUACGGCGUAAUGAUCUGCAUGCACUUCCUGCCUUGGCUGCUGGGCAGCGAAGCGGACUGCGAUCGACUCUCCAAGCUAUUUGAGACGGACAUGCAUGGCGCCGCUUUCCAUCAGCUGUCCAUGGAGAUUGCGGGGGACGAGGCCAAUCGCCAAAUAUUCAACAUAAUGCGGCAUGCCUUCGACCAGGGCUACAUGGACUCCAUCUGAGGAGUAGCUCCAUUCUUCCUAUCAACAUUCCUAUUUUAUCGCAAUGAUUCGCAUUUCUUUAGUAAUUCCUUAUUGUUCGCUUUUGUAUUAUGUUUAUAAUCAGUAUGUUAGCCUUACGAAAGUGCAAUUUUAAAUGUCAUUUUAGAUGUUGAACAGAAGUCGUUUGUAAAUUUUAAAUGCCAAUCAAUAAAGUUGAUCCUAAUUCAUAAUAUGUCGAAAAA